CGAGGGGGAAAUUAUAUCAUAAAAUCUUUUGAGUAGUUCCUUUUAAAGAGUUAUAUUUCUGGAUAUCUGAUGACAUUAUAAAAAAAUACCAGUAGACUUUGAUGAUUUAGCUACAUUUAAUUAGCCAUGUAAUAAAAAAAAAAAAGUUAAUAUUUCUUCAAAAUGGCGACCGGGUUGGCUGUCACAUGAGAGCCAGAGAGAAAGAGAGAGCGAGGGAGGGAGAGAGAGAGAAUUGAUGGAUUGAAGAUUGCUUACGUCUCUCUAGCCAUAGAAUAAAUGACUAAAUGCCAGAAUAAAGUUUUAAAAUGUAUAAAUUAUCAUGAUAAUAAUUACGAUCAUUUAAUUUGGAAUUAAGCUAAUUCAAAUAUUGAGGUUUAAAACACCUGCAAAUCGCUUCAUCUUUCAACUUUCACCUUCAACCCCACUUGGAGGAAAAAUGGCCGCCUCUAUACGGAUCAUCCGGAGUUUGUGCUGCAAAUCAACUUUAAUUUCACAACCAUUUCGUCACUACCAGUCCUAUCUGCAGAGAGCACCUGUGAGGACUGGACCCUCUCUGUCUGCACGUCAAAGCCAGUGUUUCUGCAAAGCUGCGUCUCUACACGAUGAAGCUGCUUCUCAGACCUCCGAGGCUCAGACCCGAUACAAGGACCGACCCUGGGAUUACCUCGAGAGCGAAGAGUAUGCCGAGAAGUAUGGAAGCAGUCCGGUGUGGGCAAGCUACAGGAGGAACCACAAAGGAGGCAUUCCCCCACAGAAGACACGCAAGACCUGCAUUAGAGGAGACCAGAUCUGUGGGAACCCCUGUCCAAUCUGUCGAGAUCCCAACAUCAUUAUCCACCAUCAGAACGUGAAGCUGCUGCAGCAGUUUAUCAGCCCCCACACUGGGAUGGUGUAUGACCCCAUUAGAACAGGUGUGUGUAUGAAGCAGCAGAAGAAUUUGGACAAGGCCGUCGUGAUGGCUCGAGAUCACGGCUUACUUCCCUUUCAAAUUCCCCAUGUGGAAUUUUCAGGAGAGGACUACUCCAAUUCCCACCAUGCCGUUGGGUCCACGCCGCCGCCACCAUGUCUGCUGUCAGGCAGCAUCUGGUACAGCUGGUACGGUGAAAUCACACCUGACAGCAGGGACGUGGCGAAGGUCAAGAAGACUUAUAAAGCUUAUUUAAAGUGAUGCUGGAUGUUAAACCUGUUUUGACUGUAAGGACACAACUGUACAAUAAAUAUGAGGAAAACA